AUGCAAGCAAAUUUCAACGAACGACAAUCCGUGCUGUGGAGCAAUGACCAAGAUCCAUUCUACGGAAAUAAUAUUGCUCCAUUCGCUCCACAUGGCACAAACAUGGAUGGAUCUUCGGCUUCAGCAGGAGGAGAGUUGAACAUGAUGGGAGAGUAUACAUUUCAGCCGAUCCGAACAAGUAGUGAUGAUGAGUUUUUCGGAAGAAGAGGACAUUUCAGAAACGCUUCUUUUGACAUGGUUGAUAUAAAUUAUAAUAGCGGAGGAAGUACUGGAAAUAGCAGACCAACUUCACCAAUAACAGCUACCACUGGCAGGAGUACAUCUCCUCUCAUGAUGAUGAAUCAAAUGCCCUCUCAAAAAAACAAACAAAAUAGUCUGGAACCAGUCAUUGAUGAGAUCCCCUUGUUGGAAGAGCUCGGAAUUAAUUUUAGAGAUAUUUGGAGUAGGAGCUUGUUUGUUUUAAACCCAUUCUCGAAAGAAAGAAGGAGAGCUCUUAAUUCAAUGAUGAAUGCAAAUAAUCCAAACUUCCAACAAAGCAGGCUAAACAGUGAAGAGGCCUCUGUCCAACACUUACUUAAAGAUAUGGAUUUAGCUGGCCCUCUCAUGUUUUGUAUUGCUCUUGGAUUUACUCUCCUUUUGAAAGGAAAGAUUCACUUUAAUUAUAUUUAUGGAGUGGUCGUUGUUGGAUGUUUAUCCAUUUAUUUAUUGCUAAACCUGAUGUGUCCGCUCAAAAGGCAUAUCGAAUUACAGCAUUGUAUUUCAAUCAUGGGUUAUGGCUUACUGCCCAUGGUUUUCCUUGGUCUAUUCACAACAUUUUUGCCGUUCCCAAUCUUAGGAUUAGUGUUGAGCUGGUUGGCAAUAUUUUGGAGCAGUUAUGGAACAAGCACAAUGUUUGUUGCUGCACUCGGUAUGGCACACCAAAGAAUGCUUGUAGCUUACCCUGUGGGACUGGUUUAUGCCACUUUUGCCUUAAUUACAGUCAUGUAA